AUGGCUUCCGACUGGCAGUGCCACAUAUGCCCCUCGACAUUCAGUCGCCCUGAGCAUCUGAAGAGGCAUGCGGCCGCAUCUCCCCAAGCAGAUGACAAUCAACGGUCACACGAGUGCCCGUUUUGUGGAAAUGGAUUCAAUAGAAAGUACGAACUCGUCCCGAUAUUUCUCCGAUCGAAGCAUACAGUUCUGACCCUCAAUAGAGACGUUCUUCGGCGACAUGAACGAACUUGCAAGUCCCGAGAUCUCGCGGAUGCGAUUCAAAGAGCAGAACCAGAUUGGGAUCUGUCAAGAAGACGUCGCUCUUCUUUAAGCGUGAAUGGGACUUCCAGGCUGGCCUCUUUACAAAAGACACGAGCCGAUAACCCAGAGCUUGACUCAACAUUCAGCGAGUCACCCAAUAAGAGGAUUUGUCAAGAAAAUGCUGCCCUUUCGCGUCAAAGUGAGGGAUCAAACUUAUUUUAUUUCAAUCCCAGUGCACCAUUAUGUGAAAACAUGGCAAACGAAGAGAGCAAUUUGAGCUUGGCUUACCAACUGGAAUUUUCAGAAUUGGACGCUCUUCUGUUUCCUAGCAUUACUUCCGAUAUUUUGAUCGCGGAAAAAUUGGAGCAUCUACUAUUUUUCACUAGUUCACGGGGGAUGGCCAGCUUCACUGACCGUGAUACCUUCCAGUGGAAGCAAAAAAUUACCUGUGAAGCAUACGAAGAAAAGGUCAAGGUCGAGAACAGGACUCACCAAGGAAUUACAGUUCAUAAUUCGUCCGAUCCACUGUCAUCAAAGUCCCAAGAGGUCAUCAACAGUUUACGUGCGGUCAUCUGCAGCAAAAAGAAUGACGACAUCAUUCAAUUGGAUUGGACACCUUCGACACUUGAGUUGUGUACUCAUUUGUUUUCUCCAUCAAAUAUUCGUCGCUUUUUGGAAUAUUUCUGGUCUCUGUGGUAUCCACAUUGUCCCAUCAUACACAGGCCGCUCUUUGACGCAUCAUCAGCAUUACCGCUGCUAUUAUGCGUUAUGGUGAUAAUUGGAGCCUGUCUAUCUCCCGAUAGCCAUGAUAUGCAAGCGGCCAAGAAAUGCCUUGACAGUGCCGAAGAGCUUAUAUUUGGUCACGAGAUAUUUAGGUGCGACACUGUAAACCCAAUGAACAGAGGACUCACGAAGAAAGAAAAGACACAGUGCAUCCAAGCAGCAUAUCUUGUGAGCAGUCUACAAAAACGAGAAGGGUCUGUCGAGGCACAAGCAAGAAUCCGGCGCUAUAGGCAUGCCUCAAUGGUGGCGCUUACAAGGCAUAUUGGACCAAGAGAGGCGUCGCAUCGAAAUCUUCAGCUUGAAGGAGCAACUCAAUCCUGGUGGCAAAAAUUCGCAGAAGAGGAAGAGUUGAUACGGGCUUUGACCUUCGUCUUCCUGAUUGAUGUGGCUCUUAUAGUCUUCCACAACUCACCCCCCAGAAUGCUAAUCUCCGAGUUGAGAAUGGACGUCGCCUGCCCUGAAGCAUGUUUCCAAGCUGAAUCAGCCGCAGAAUGUCUUGGAUGUCUUCGCGUCUGGGCAGGAACUCGCUUCUGGAAGAACCGAUUGUCAGUCGUCUCUGUUGUCCGACGUAUCUGCCAAAGUCCGAUCGAAGACGCACUAGUUCAUGAGUUCUCUCAAUUAGGCACAUUCAAUUUGUUCACUGUCGUACAAGCCAUUCACUCCCUCAUGUUCCAUUUGCACAAUUCGCUGGUCUUUGAAUCCACCUUGGCCCCGGUACAAACAGGCCUUGAGAACUGGCGACAGAUUUGGAUUGAGAGAGUACCCGAAGACGAAGGCAUGCCAGACACUGCACAAAAUCUAUGGAAGCAAGUAGGAUUCCUCCGACGCGCUUCCGAGUUUUGGCACUUGGCUCGCAUCAUGGCGGAUAAAAUUAUGUCUACCAGCACCGACGAUGACGAUUUCGAAGCAAAUACCAAGCUUUCAAAAUAUGAUCAGACCGAUAUGGAAGAUGUGAACGGACUGAUCAAAGAAUACCGGAUGUUAAAUUUGGGAGUGCAAUAA